AAUCCAAUUCACUUUCUAAAACUAUGGGAAGAUAGUGAUAUAACCAACCAUCAUUUGUAAAAACAUAUUUUCUUUGUUUUGCUUACAGUGCACAAUCUGAUGUUACCUAUAAAACUACAUGUAUCUUUGUUUGUUAAUCAUUAUAAAGAUUGUUGUUAGCAGAUCCAGCAUUUUUCUCAUCUUCAAAGAUAAAACGAAAGCAUGGGAUUUCUUAAUGGGGAAGUGAAGCUCAAUAUUCCUGCAAGCAAGGCUUGGGAAAUUUACAGAAAUAAUGAGCUGACAAGAAAAGUGAAUCCUGAUCUACUGGCUGAUGCACAAUAUCUUGAAGGUGAUGGAACACCAGGCAGCAUAAGAUUGCUGAAGUUAGGCCCAGCUGUGAAUAAAUAUGUGAGCCAAUCAAAGGAGAAAAUAGAGAAGGUGAAAGAGGACAAGAAUGGCACAUAUGAGAUAACUUACAAGGUGGUGGAUGGGGAGUUGAAGAAGAUGUAUGAUCCAUAUACAGUCACCUUUACUUUCACUCCUCUACAAGCUGGUGAUUGCACUGCUGCUUGGAGAGCCCAAUACAACCCACUCAUAGCAGAUGUUCCUCCUCCUGAGAAGGCCAAGAAAGCUGCUCUUCAGUUUAUGAAAGAGAUUGAGAAUUUCUACCUUUCAUUUUCUGCUGCCAUGUAGUUAAUGCGGUAUAUAUAUCUCUAUUAGAUAUUAUAGUAUCAGGAUAUGUUAAGAGGUUGAAGAGUUUAAUGAUAUUGCUAUAUUAUAUGUAAUAUUAAUUUCUAAUAAAUAAUGUCAGCAAUGGAAUUUUUAUA